UUGUGAUCUUCUCGCCAUGGCGACGCUGCGGGCCGUGGUGCUGAGUGUGAUGGCGUGCGUGUGCGUCGUACUUGGGGCUCGUCCGCACCGCGAGUCUGUGUAUGACUUCCAAAAGUCGUCGUUCGGGUCGAGCCCAGGGGUGUACAACGAAACCCACGCACUAUACGUGGGCCGCAUCGUGUCGGUGGCGUACUGCGCCAAGCUGCACGUGGAAAACUGGACGUGCCCGCCGUGCGAGUACGUGUCCAAGCUGCCGGACUUGGUUGUGAUCAACGAUGCCAAGGAGGCGUUCCAGGGCAUCCUUGGCUUCACCGGAACGCACGUCGUCGUGGCGUUUCGCGGAUCCAUGGACGUCCGCAACUGGAUAGACAACCUCUCGUUCCUCAAGACACAUCCAUGGCCCAACAUGCCCAAGGUCGCCGUCCACCUCGGAUUCCACUGGGUGUACCAAAGUAUUCGGGAUCAGCUCAUCGUGGCCCUCGAGGGUCUUUUCAUCUUGCAUCCGAACGCACCGCUCCUCGUCACCGGCCACUCGCUCGGCGCGGCCGUGGCAGCGAUCGCCGUCCUCGAUCUGCACACGUCGCAAAACAUGACGACGUCGGAAAUGCUCACGUUUGGCGAACCUCGCGUGGGCAAUGCUGCGUUCGUGACCAAGCUGCUCCAAGUUGUGCCCCACGUCCACCGGGUGACGCACUGGCGGGACGUCGUGCCGCACAUUCCGUUGGAAUGGCAGGGAUUUGUCCACGAGCCACAGGAAGUAUGGUACACCGAGGAUUCGUCCGCGUUCAAGCUGUGCGACCCACACAGCGGAGAAGACCCGCUGUGCAGCAAGCAAGUGCCUACCAUCGGCAGCUUUGCCGACCAUGUCGUGUAUCUAAACAUUACGAUGAGCCACCUCGUGUGCUAAUGCCUCUCGAAUUCGGCGACUGCAGGGUGUUCCAA